AUGUGCGGAGAUGGUCCACCGAUUGCGCAGGCUCGUCGAGGCUCAGUCGACUCUCUUUUUAAUGCAGACGUCCUCCAAUGGCAGAAUUAUCCCUGUCGCGGCUCUGUUGACUAUGUGAAAGCUAUGGCAACUGAAAAGCGAGCAGGUACGCAUUGGUUCCAUACCAUCUUCUGACGUGGCCUUUUCCGUCUACGCCGGUGCCACGUUUUGUUCUCCAGGUUCGGAUCUGUUCAUCUGCGUACACUGAAUAUUUUAUCGAACGAGAGACCGUGAUGCUUGUAGCAAGAAAUAAGAGAUAUGAGUUAGCGAAAUAAAUUAGAUCUACUUUUCGAGGGACAUGACUUUACGCCCAACGUUCUCCGUUGCAUUGCCGCCUUUAGUUCUGGACGAUGAUAACUAAGGUGUCAAGACACUGCAUAAACUGAUUGAAAGUCAAAAAACGAAAUACGUCGAAGUUCGCUGAUAUAAUAUUCGUUAAACACUCGACAGACUCAUUGAUUACCGCUUGGCCACAAUUUUAGGUAAAAGGCAAUAGUAAGGGGCGUGUAUUCUGUGGUGAUGCCUGCACCAUAGUGUCUGUUAGAGCUUUCAACUCAUGGUCCGCUUAAGGCCUCAGUGAGCGUCCCCGUAAGGCCGAUUUGGACGAGAAAUGCCAUAUGUGAACCAUUUAGCGCCAGUUUUGUGAGUUAACUGGGUGGUUGCGGAGUCUUCCAGCGCCUAUGAUUGCCUAUUCCCGUGGCUUAAUGCGCAUAUGUUCAACCUGCUGAAAACCCUAGUAACGCGACUUUUGGCGCGACGUGUGUGUGAGGAGUGAAGGCGUGCAUUUAUGCUUGUGUUGUUACGAAGUGCAACGACCGCUAAAAUGCUAACCGGAAUAUUCCUUUUAUUUUCAAAAUACCUCAGUAGGCCCCAAAUUCCCUUUAAUACAUCCGGAGCCGACUAUAUGCUAAGUUGCGGCUUGUUACAGGGGAGGUAGUAAUCCCAUCAUGUGAACUUAAAAAAGUUGGCAUUGGUUCGCAAAAUACUACAGUAGUAUAGGUAGCAGGUUACUCACUGAAUAAAACGCACGUGUUUUGCGCAAAUGUUUCGUACAUCACAUAUCUCAUUUAUGCAGGACCCAAUACCAGUUGUAAAACACUAGCGUGCAUCUCACUCAGUGACAUUAUUAUUGCAGAAUUUCUGUUUUUCCUAUCUGAUGCGUGCCAACGAGAAAUCCGAAGUCAUGGCUAACAUUGUGACAAAAACGUCGGAACACCAUCCUCAUCCUUCCUUUUCGGAUUCAAUUUCGAUACCUAUCGACCAGGCGUUUACAUAGUCUAACCCCAACUCUAAACGUUACUCAGACGACAGACCCAAUGUGCACUCUUAAACCUAACACUAAAAAACCCGCGGCAUCUUAAAUCUAACCCUGACCCCGCAAAAAGCCAGACAACUUCUAGUGGUAUGUGGAAAAGUGUUUCCUGACGCGUCUCUCAAGUAGCCCACAAGUGAGUCUUUCGGGGUGCCGAUGACACACGGUAAAUUCUACGGUCACGCGGCUGACCAUCCUGUAACUACGUUCGGAGUAUGUAGGCGUUUGUUUGGGCCCUCCAAGUCCCCUGGCCAAGGUUGGAUCCCACAGUUUCCGCCACCAACGGGUCACCAAUGCACCCCACUGAGACGUUACUCCCGUUCUUGACUUCAAAGUUAGAUUAUAAUUGCCCCCAUUGGCAUUUUAGGUAACUCUUCGACCCUCUCUCUUAUCUCCCAUGUGAUUAGUUCUCUUCAUCCUCUACUGUUACGACGUGUUGAUUAAACAAGCACGGUGAUGAAUGAUCGAAAACAUGUUUCUACGCUGUUUGACUUCUUUAAAUUCCUUAACCUACCGAACUUAUCAUGUUUGCAACUUAGAUGGCUCUGGCCAACUCAACUUUUCGCCAAACCUGUACGCCCUCACAGUCUGAGGUUUUAUUCAUCUAGCUGUGUUCUUUUCUUGGUUACUUUCUGGGAAAAUUUCAAAAGAAGCCUCACCUUUAAUAGUGUAUCCUGGCUCCUGUUCUGUUAUCGACACGUUUCAGUCUUGGGAGUGUUAUUUUUGGCACCAGUUGGCCUUUAAUUUGAAACCAGCUCAUAGCAUCAUGUAAGACUCUUGUUAUCUCUACGGGAAUUUCUUGUUAUUCCAUCUGUGUCUCCGAGCUUGUAACUGAGAAAAGGGGAUUUAACUACGAUAUUCAAACUGACUCUGUGGAAUCAUAAUUGAGCCAGGACAUGUGCUUCUGCGCAGGCCCCGAUGUCUUGUCCAUUACGAACACAGUUAAUUAUAAAUGUUUGCAAUUUCCGGACUAAAUACCGACAACUUGCGUCUUAGGGUCCGCCGAAAACUACAAACUGUGUCCUCACGGCUAAUUGCUGAUGAUAACAAUAUUGGUAGUUAAAUCGUUUGCCAAAAGUCCUUCCAAAGGCAAAUUUACGUUCUUAAACGAUUACUCCCUAAACAGCUGGACGUAUCAAAGGAUACUUUAUUAUUCAUUGCUAUUUUCUUUAUAGCCAAACCGAAAAAUUUCAUUCGCGAGAACAUCCGACGUCUUCGAGAAAGGCAAACGGCCAAUACGCGUCGUACGUCCUCUGUUCGAGGGGCACACUUACGGGAUACCGAACAAGACUUCCAGACAAAUGCUCGUAUGCACUUACUCCAGCAGUACAUUGACAGCAUGCCCACCAAAUCGGGGAAUUCAGUCCUCGGAAACUGCGGCGAUCGGAAGAACGAGGGCGCUUCUGUGGAGCACAGAGAUGCCGGCGUCGAGACAGUGGCCUGCGAACCACAAAUAUUGACUGUGAGUUGGAACGCCCUAACCAGUACCAUACGCACUCCUCUGUGAAAAUGUCUUUCGAGGGUAACCUAUAGUCACAUAUUUCGUACUACGCACUCCCUCAGCCCAGCCAGGACGACGUAGCUGCUACUACCCUUGAGCGACAGCGCGGUAGUUUUGUUGGCCAAAUACAGUAAGGAGAGGUCUCUCGGCACAGUACGAAAUUCGGUCUAGUCUCGGGUCUUUCCCUAUCUGAGUUAACUGUGGCUAAUUAACGAUAAAUAAACCAGACACGGCCACUACUUCUGCGGUGACUUAUCAGUAGUAUUUCCUGGACCCCUCCUCCUUGAAUUUGAUGUUAUUGCUGCCAACCAUUAUAUAAAUAGCUGUGUGUUGAGGCUUGAGUAACCGUUAAGUGAAUCACGCCCAGCAGAUCGGCAAUUCAUAUUGGACCAUUACAUGACUUUGGCAAGUGAGUAUGCGUCGCACGCAGCCUGUUGGGUCAUGUAUGAUAACUGAGUAGCUAUUUUGCCCGUUUAGUAAGUACACGACCAAAGCCUCCUACUUUACGAAGGAAUGCUGUGCGUUGGCAACGAGACGCAGUACGGUUUUGGAUGUUUGCCGUUCUAAAUCUGGACGUGCCAUCGAUAAGGUGUGCACUUCGGAUCGUCAACCGAGAAAUGAACGUUUGCCGCAUUUGCUUCAUUUACUUUACACUUACUUCAUUACUUGAUGCCAGAAAAGGUAAAUGGCGCCCUUUAGACAGCACGAUUGCUUUACUACUGUAGGUGGGCUACCUCAUGAAAUGUCAACCGAAAUUCCGAAAUUCAUUUUCGUUUCGAAAAGAUUAAUUAAGUAAUGUUGUAAAACUGAUCAUCCUACAGCAUACUUCUAUAAUAAUUCAGUUACCACAUGAUGUCGGCUUUCGAUCGAACUUCUUUCCGGCUGCAUUUCACUCUGUAAACAGUGACUACUUAAGUAACAUGAUUUUUUUAUCAUUGAUUUACGAUGCCCUUAAAAAACAUGCAUAAAAAAUUCUUUUGUUUAUUUGGUAGAAAAUUACGUUUUCUUUCCCAUUUUUAUACUCGAAGAAGGGAUAUAAUUCGCUUUUCAAAAACUUUUCCAAUUCCCGAAUAAUCCUGAACCCGGCCUGCUGUUUCACUCACAUUCACAGUUUCCAAACUACAAGCCGUAUAUUUUUCGCGUAUGGAAAACCAUAACUUCCUCUACGGCAUUAGGAGGAGACUAUGUGGAGUUCUUAAAAUUUAGCAGUGGAUUCGAUCCAUAUUGUUAACUUUGCAAGCCACAUUGGUAGAUGCAGAGACAUAACGUUUUAUGAACAGUCAUUUCGCGGUAUUAAAGAAUCCCACAGUGAGAAACUUUUUAAAAACCGAAUCUUAUCCCUUCUUCGGGCAUAAACUUGGAAGAAGGCGUAAUACUCUACUGAAAUAACAAAAGAAUGAAUGGAUAUUCGUAUGCAUUUUUUUCAUGAAAUAUAAUAGAAUUUUUAAGGGCAUCGAAAACCAAUGAUAAAAAAUCAUGUUACUUAAGUAGUCACUUUUACAGAGUGUAGUCUUUGUAUGCAGCCAGAAAUAAGUUCGUUCAAAAGCCAGCACCCUGAGGUAACUGAAUUAUUAUAGAAUUAUGCUACAGAAUGAUUAGCUUGAAAGCCCUACUUUAUCAAUCUUUUCGAAACGAAAACGCAUGUCGGAAUUUCGGUUGACAUUUCAUGAGUUAGCCAACCUACUGUACAUGCAAAUCGUCAAUAUUUAGGUCCCUGAUCGACAAAUUCAUUGCGAUCCAGGGGUUUCUGUCAUUAUUUUAGCUAGUUUUAAACCUAACUGUCUCGUAGUACCAGUUCUAUACGCUUCGCAAGUGCCAACUCACGUGGCCAUUUCUAAGGUUUGAGAGUUUGCCGGUACUUGUUCAUGCUUUGUCGGCUGCGCAACUCAUGUCGUUCUCCAGUAAGUGACGUCUCCCUCGCCCGGCUCACUUUGCCUGACACCAAGUUUAAACAUAAACCUGAAUUUAGGUGACGAUCUUACGAGAAGUACAUGUUAUUAUCUCCGUACUGAUCAGGACUGUGGAAGAUGAACUACUUAGUAGUUGCACAUGUAAUCCUCAUUAGUGUAGCGCAGCCCCUCAAAGUUGUCCUCAACCGGCCAUACCUCAACCCCAAGCAGCACGAUCUGAGGUUUGAAGACGAAUUAGUUGAUCAUCUGAGUUGGACGUCUUGCCACCGAGCGUCGAGCCUAGUUUCUUUGGGCUACAUUUCGUGAUCCUUAGUUUUAUUUAUUCAGUUGUCCGCAAGGGCUAUGGCAAACUGCUGUCUGACAUAUUAGGUAUUAAGAGUUUAUGACUCGGAUGCGCAGCAGUCCAACGGAUCCAGACUAAAAUCCUCGGUGCGUGAGUACGGAACAUUCGGCUUUCUUGCUCCCUUCUUGGUCUUCUUCAUCAUAAUCAAUUGUAUUGGAAGCCUGAGCGCUUUUAAGUAACUCACUCAUUGGAUCAACCGGGUUUUUUCGAAGUUGCAUUUCAUUCGACACUGAUUCCUAAGUGUCGCCAGUUCGACCGUCGCCAAUGACGAUGUCCACCUUGUGCCCCACAGGAUGAUGGGUGCAAAACAGUGAGGCGCAAGAGUUACUUUAUGCGGGUAGCAGACUAACGGAACGUCUACCCCGCGCAUCUGGGCUUGGUGUCCAGGCUGUGUUGGUCGUAGGGACUGACAAGGUUAAAAGGCCCGUCUGCGCGUACCACGCACGACCUGGUCCCACGAACAUGCACCAGGUUUGCAUGAAUAAGUGGGGGCGACUCGACUAUGACGUGAAUAAGAGUUGUGUUGUUAGUACGGUAAAAUGCUUACACAAUGAUAUACUACGGCCCGCCUGUUGGUGGUUUGUGAAUAUUACGCGGUUAUUCCGCAGUAGCUGGUUGAUUUCAGCUGAAAUAUUCACAUCAAAUUUCGGACCGUGCCCGAAAUGGUCUGUUCUGAGAGAUUUACUCCAAGUUCGCGCUUUAAUUUCCUCGAAAAUUAAACAAGGCAAUGUGAAGAAGAGUGCCGUCGCUUCCAUGUAAGGAAGGAGCCAUUUGGUCUGACUCACAGUCCUCAGUUCGAUCGUCCCGCGUACUCUCACAGUACUGAUCGCGAGGACCAAAUCGUCCCGUCGGUUGGCAGCCAUCCGAGCGCGUCAGCUUUAUUAUGGUGAGGAAUGCGCUGAAGUGCUCUGGGGUUGGAGUCUCCAACCUCACUCUCUCUCUCUUUCCCCUCACGCCUGCACUAGUUUGCCGUCUGCUCCAGUCAGCCACCUGAUGCGGGGAUGGAACGCAAGUGGCUGACACGUCGUGAGCCUGUGUCUGACCGGGGCACUAUACCCCAUGGCAUUUGUCAUGGGAUGUGCGGACCUUGCGCAGCCCGAUUUACGCGCGCCGUAUCCUCGUCCUUCUGACCCCCUGUUGGGGUGUUGUUGUUGGUGAAAAAUCAUGGUCAUGUGUAUGGUGUGGUGGUAUGCCUAGGUGCGGGUCCAGCCGCGCCAUCCGCCUGCGUCCCCCCCCUGCCUCCGGUCUUCUUGACUCUGUCUUGACACCGAACCUAGGUGAUGAGUGGGGGAGGAGAUAGUGCGGUAGAUGCUGCACAAGUCUGCUAUCACUUCAAACUAGUUCACGCGUAAGUCACCGUGACUGUUGCACCUUGCUGUGUAGCAUACGGUGGACAUCGUCGGAAUCGACGGUCAAACUGUCAUGUUGGUUAGACGCAUCUCUCGCAUGACCUGUUAUGGUAGCCAGAUGCGCGAGUAUACCGUGCUCAACGCAUCCUCGGGGAAUUCCACUGUUGGUAACUAGAAGUUAUCAGUAAUUGACCUUUUUGAUGCAGGAUACCACAAUCCUGAUAAACUGGCCUCGUAAACUGGUUUCUUGUUUGUACCGCUCGCUCUUUAUUUUCUCUUCAGGCAAAUUCUCUAGUCGUUCUGUCGUAUCCACCACCACUAUUUAACACAUGGGAGUGAAGCAUUUUCGUGGAGUUGUUUCAUGUUUACUGGCUUUUAUGGAUUCUACCCGAUGAACUUUUGUUUGCCUCUUUUAGUCAUCUGUUCGUCCAUUGCACGCCAGUAAUCCGAAUGAAGUGACUUCCGCCGAAACACAGACAACCGAUCAACCGACACAACCCUUAGAAUCAGUAGUCAGAUCAGAAGAGCCUGCUUGCAACAAGAGCCUCACUGGAGUCUCCCCACUACCCCUUUCCACCAAUCACGUAGCCCGUGCGCCAACCGCCACUCGACCAAAGACGACGGAGCCUCUCCGAAAAUCUUCUACCUUCCUGCGCGCUCACGAGAAAACUGCGCUGCUGGAUGAUGUUUUGUUAUCACUCAGUGCGGUCCCCAUCAAGCCAAUUCCCAAAGAGCCACGGCCGGAGAAACUCACCGUUCCUAGGGCAAAUUCGGCGCGAGAGGUACGGCGAGAACUAUGCCGGACUGUUUGUUACCAGCUGCUGCCUAAAGUAGCCGCUCGCGUUUGACUAAUGUUGACAGCUUAUACAUUGUUUCAGGUCCGCCUUAUUCGUCGAAAUGUGAAUUUUGUUCGCGCAAACGCCAAUGCCAUGUCCUACAGUCCGACCCGACGGGCUGUUAGCCAUGAGUCUUUAGUGAUUGCCAGGGGUUGUGACAAUCAUUCCGCCGUCAACCGGCGGCUUCCCCUCGGUAAAGUUCCAGCAUAGUAAGUUUUUUUGUAACUUUCCAUGGAUGGGUUAUUUGCUGUGAUUUAACUUCAGUCGAUAGUAGGCUUUAUUGGUCUGCCGACAUGCAAAUGCAACUACACGGUCUUUACCAUUUAGAUUUUUUAAAUUUGUGAAUGUGUCUUAGGAACACUGUGUUUUUGGGGGCUUCUCCCUGUGUGUUUGACCGGUCCCUUGAUUAAAACAUCUCUAUUAUUGCCCUUAGCGCCGCCACUGAUCAGAUUCAUCAACCGGCUGUCUUUCUGGAACACCAUGAGUGUCACACGUGCUCAGAUGUCAUAAAAGUCCUACAACGACGACUUCCCAUCUGGGGUACGAAGAUUCGACACAUUGAAUGUCGUAAGACCUGCGCCGGACUCCAGCAACUUAAAGAUUGCACGAGGAUAUGGUCAGAAACGGAUGAAUUCCAACCUUGACCGCAAUGAUCCUUUCCUAGAGACUUCAGGAAAUCGCUAAACUAGUAACACUACCUGGAAAGAGAAACUGUAUCAAUUUGCCAGUAAUUAGAUCAAGGGCGUCCGUACUGAAGGUAACGGGUCGUUAGUUGUCCAGUAUGAGGCUUCGCAAAAGCUUUCACUGAACCGAAACAGGAAUCAGAUUGGCUCGCCGAAUACAUAUGAUCGGACAGCCAUGAGUUCGUGCAAGUCUGUAACUACUGCCAUACAUAUGUGUUUGUAGUGUAUAACAUAAAUGUAGAUAGUCAUGCUGCGUUAGCCAUUGGGCGCAAUGUUACCAACUGUUGUUUGUCAGAUUCGGCGGUCGGCCGGUGCAUGUGGGAGAGAAGAGAGAGAGCCCGAAAUUGGGGAAUUUAUUGUCUGGGCACAUCAGCGCAUCCCUAACUAAAGUAAAUUUGACGUGUUUAAAUCUAUCGCGACUUGCUAUUAGUCAUGACUUAGAAGUUUGCCAACCGACGGGAUAACUCUGUCCUUCUCGGUACCGACAGGCUGCCCGCAAUGGGUGCUUCUCAAUGCGAUCUUUACAGCAUCCUCACCGGGCCGCCCUUAGCAUAGCCCAGUGGGUGUAGUGGGGCCAGGAUGUGUGUGGCACGCGUACACGAAUUGUUUGGCUUUGUCGGUCAGUUCGGCCCGAGCUUACCUUGGGUCUUGUUGACAUUGUCCCGCCAGCGGAGCAAGGUGGGUGAAGGAGGAGAGAGUGCGGUUGGCGCUGCGCAAGUCUACCUCACCACAAUCUUACCUACGCGUAACUCAUCGGCGCUGUCCCCGUCCCGUGGGACACGCGGUGGAUGUAGUCACUUGCGACGGCAGAACUGUCGCUGUGAGACGUGUGCACCUAGCUCUCAACUUGCAGUGUCGAACACGAACCCCGCACCAACGGUACCAUGUGCAUGUACGUGCGCAACAAGACUGUUUCCAUUUGGGCGUGGGUUAUACUCCUCUACUUUCUUCAUUAACCUUAGCAGAAUUCGUCCGUUUCGAGAACAAAUAGCAUGCACCAAUACUCAUGGAAUGCUGCGUUAGACCAAUGAGAUUGAAGGAAGGAACACAGUCCUUCUGUUUUGCUCCAAGGGAAACUAGGGCAAGUUCGAAUUUCAGGUGUGACCGGAGAUUGGGUUUGGGAGGUGUACGACCGCCGUCGAAAGGUAAGGUGGCCAAGGUCGUCCUGGUCUCUCUUUAGUUGUAAUGCCCUCUUCUUUAGGACGGGAGUAGCAACUCGAUAACUAAGCUGAAGUGUCAACACUGAAAGUUUUCAAGUGUGACUAUUGUAGUCCCAACCGAUACGCACAGACUGUAUUCACUAAACCUUCGUUUUUCCUUGCUUGUACUUUGGCAGCAUUGUUCGCCGUAGACGUGAGGCGGAAAUGGCCAAACAAGAACAACUUUCUCAGACGGCAAACGCGGUCCCAGAGGGCUGUCGGCUUAUGUCGGAAGAUGAACGAUUGGACACUUUGAAACUCCUCCAGGAUGGUCAGUGAGACACAUUCGUUGUAGUUAACUUAAAUCUGCCCCUGUGCAUUUUGGUGUCUCUAGUAGUCAGGUCGGCUUGACUGUAAUUUCGGGAUGAGAGGGUGCCGUGGUUUUUCAUUCUUAUCGUCUGAUUCAUGGCACCUUUCUAAUCACAUGUUCCUAGGCCGUACACAAAUAACGGAGUACGCGCCUCAUCCACUGGAACGUCGACGUAUGUGUAUGGAGUCUAGGCCCAAGUACAGACAGCAUUGCAAUUCUUCGUUUGGAAGGUGCCAACCGUGAUGCGUUUAUAAAUGUAUUCGCCUCCAGCGAUGUAAACUGGGUCCCAACCUAUUCUUAUUGCGACCACACAUUUAUCCCGCACUUCGGCCUGGCUGCUCACUUGCGAAUGCAUCGCACAGUGCAACAGUACCAACAUAUAUUCUUCGCAUCCGUUUUCACUGUUCAUGCACAUUCCUCCACUGCAUGGGCCUAUUCGGUCACGCGCGUAUACACGGCAGCAGAAUUCACCGUAGCAUCGAUACACCUUACACACCCACCAUACCUAGCCAGAUCAACACCCCACUGCUCCUCAGCUUGCUGUCUGGCGUGCUACCCCACCCGUAAAACCCCCCAGUUACCACCAUUUCCGUAUGGCCCGAUCCACAGUUAAUUAGGUCUUUCAACCCACCGUUGCUCGCGUCCUAACCACAACCCUAGCCCAAAGCCCUUCCCUGGGAUUUAUCGUAAGGGUUGAGGGAUUACUUAAAACCGCGCCCUACCAAGGGCUUUUCCGCCUGGUUCUCCUUCUGAUGUAGGCCCUUAUAUGCACAUGCUUUUCAGCCAGCGUCACCAUGAUGCAAGCCGGAGGUGUGGCUUCAAAGACGACAAACAUACUUGGUAGACUCGUAAUCUUACACGUGCAGCAGCUAAGAACAUUUGUUGUCGUCCUCCUUCAAGGAAUGAUGCAAGCCUUUUACCGGAUUAUGACUAGGCUUAGGGUUAGGUCAUGCUAUUGGCUUAUGCUUUCGAAGUAGCUUUUUUACGACCAAUUUUCCCCAAAAAAUGGGAUACAGGCGGACAAUUUUCAGGGGGUGGCGAGGGGUGUAUCUAACUUUCAACACUUUUAAGAUCAAAGGUACAUUAAUGAGUUCAUUUUCCUACUGGGGUUCAGACUUGUAUUACGGGUGGUAGCGGAUAUAAUCCAUUCGGAGGUAGAUUAUUGUUGCAAUAGCUCGUUCCCAAAACACCAUCCAAGGCUGCCAUAUUGAGAGUAGCGUGCAUGGACGAUUGGGUUAAUUUGGCCAGACAAAUUCCGGGUGGAAGUCACGAAUGACGAUUUGGUUACUAGAGCUCACAGAUUGCUGCAAGGCGUGAGAAAGAGCCCCGGUCUAGGGAAAAAAUUAAUAUUGCUACUAACGGUGCGAUUGUGGGGUAGAAAGUUGGGACUGUUCCGAUAAAAACGGACGGGUGGACAUCAUCGGAGGAGAGGCGGUGGUAACACCACCACCACCACCACCACCACCACCACCACCACCACCACCACCACCACCACCACCACCACCACCACCACCACCACUGUCGUUAGCAAGGAGAAUGGAUUGAGUUGUUCAGAUCUGCUGUCGCGGAUCCUCACGUGUUGAAAAGUACAGUCCGUAACAUCCUCGAGACCGACUAGAUCAGACAUCGCAAUGUCUGAGUUGUUCGUGCCCGAACAAGUACUCGGAAGGAAGUUUUGGGGUCGACGGAGUGACCAGUAUCAAGUAGGUGUUUCAUAAUGGAGGAACGCGCGAUCUUAUUUUCUUGUCUUAGGAGCCACUUGGGCAGGUGCUCAAUAGACCUGGCUGCCAACUGCCUUUGCGUUCGCCCAAUGUACUUGCAUCCGCAAGUGCGUGUGAAUUCAUAAACACACUUUGAAGUGGCGUGCAUUGGCAGGGCAUCCUUUGCCCGUGGAAUCGGAAGUGGCUUAGUAGGACUGCAUAAUACUAGUUCGGCUGCAUUGUAUGUCCUUUCAAUGGUGGAACGUAGCCGUCGUUUGAUAGUAUUUAAGAUAUUGUCGCCCUUAAAGGGCAAAGAUAUAAAGAAGGGCUUUUUCGGAGCUAAAUGUUCUGUCAAUUUUGGCCGUGUAGAGUUGCUGUAUUUGUGGAUGAACCGUGCGGGAUGUCCCCACUUAAGUAGAGCUUCUCUGAGGCGUGCAAAUUCUGCAUCCAGUGUAUCAUUGGAGCAAAUGUUCCUAGCCCUUUGGAAAAGAGUACUUGUUCGGGCACGAACAACUCGGACAUUGCGUUACCUGGAGGCGGCCUAUAUACGACGAGAUCAGACAUCAUCGUAGUCAUACCAAGACCAAAAAUGACCAGUUGCAGGUCUGGAGAUGACGGCUUGAAACUCACACGUUUACCCAGACCCGGAACAUAAGGGCUACUGCUUAUCCAGUUCGUGUACCAUUGAUUAUUUUUUUAACCUUUUAAUGCACUUUUGUCAUUUCUGUGGGAGACAUUGUACAGGAAGUCUUAUUACAGCCCUAAGAUCUCUCUUGUUUUCAUUUUCGAAAACGGGUUAGCUCAUGCUGAAGUCGUUGAAGAGCUUGGACGUCUGCCUAUUCGAAUGGACACUGUGAGGGUUCGUAGACGUCGAAGUGAUCUGGAAAGCAAGUUGGCUGAGCUAGAAUCCACAAUCAGUAUUUUCAAAAAACCCCGGGUGUAUGUUUGGCUCGAUUAAUCGCCUUUUCUUCGUCCACCUCUCCCCCACCCCCACAAUCACCUUGCUUUUAUGAGAAUCCAUGCAUUUUGUCAUCGAAGUGAUUACGCAAUAAACCACAGUUUGUGCCCAGACUUUUUUCAGUCUCCAACGUUCGACUCUUCUGAUUAGACAAUGCACUCUCAUCAGGGUCUUGGGAUGCUGACCAAGAUCAGAUCCUCCGCGUGCACCUGUGGAGUCUUUUAGAAAACCGUGUACGAAAACAGGAACAACUUUGCAUAAAUUGACCAGUCCUGAUGGGGACUUCGAAUACGCAGCCUAAUCACUGAGUACUAGCCGUGUGAUCAGCACGUUUCAAGUGAACGGCACUCAGCUCAAAUUAGUCCAUAUAAUUAGCACUGGGUAAAACUAGACCCCUCGUUCCUGAGUCCAAAGUCUGGAACUUCGGUUUUCCAAGUAACCAACUGACAUGUCCAGGAAAAAAUGAACGUCGGAAUGGUACGAUUCGUCGGGGAGGGACGCCAAGCCUAGGGAUUUCUGUACGUCGCCAUAAUACCAUCUUUGUUGGUAAUUAAUCCACUCCUGUUUGGUCUAUUCCCACCCUUCGUCUGGCAAGGCUCGAUUCCGGAAAUGCAUCAUGGUAGAAUGUGUGGUUUGCGAUCGUCUAGGAGUGUCGUAGCCUUGAUUCGUUAGUGCAACCGGUGCAGAUGGGCAGUGAACUGGCCAUUGUAUGGCAGUGGUAGAGGGGCGCGCACCGAAUCAUGUUUCGGGACUCAUUCGUUCCGUUGCGUCUUGGGGCUCACUCCAGGGCCUUGUAGGUAGUCGCACAGUGACGCGCAAUAUGGGCAGAAUAGCGUUACCGUCAAAGACCCGAGGGACUGCAAUGGCCAUUUCCGGCUCGUUAGCCGUCAUCAGCCAACUGUACCCAACCCCGAGGUGUGCAACCCCCGAGGUCCGAACUCGCGACCUGCUGGUUAGAAGUCCAACGUCCCAGCCACUGAGUCACAGUGGGCAGUGGACCGACCAGUAUAUGUUGACAGAACUAGCAACAUAAGUCAGGACGCCUUGUACCUUUGCCAACGGGGAGCUGCUUUUAUGCCAUAGAAUGAGGAAGGCAAGUCAGUACUGGACGUGAUUUCUCGAGGUAUCAGCCGCCGAAUCUGGCACGAUAAGGAUUCUAGGAGACGCUGACAUCAGUCGAGCUAACGCAAAUUACAUUGGAGCCGACUCAGCGCAGUGCUGUUGGUGAUGGUUGAUCCCCUGAGAGUAUUCUCGACGACGGGUUGGGUGCUCGAAAUGGUCUAUUUUCUUGAAGUUGAACGGCUUCUACUUUUUCCUAUUUCUUUCGAGAGCUGUUGUCCCACCGCGGGAGGCGUCUGUCGCCCCAAUUCAGUCAUUUUCUGCCUCAUUGCAGCGGUGACCCAUUAAUUGGGCAUGUCUGAGACUUACGUACAACCUAGGUUGAACGGACAGUCUUGGUUAAAAGUCCGGCCCUUGUAUUCACUUCACAGGCUCUAUGCUGAGGGGAUUUUCGGGGUGAGACAUCUGGGUUCCUUGUCUUUGGACAGACUUCAACGAGAGACCGAGUCUCUGUGCAUGUGGUCGCUUGUCGAAGAGCAACAUUUUCUUGGCCGUAGGAUGGUGGAAGUGCUUGCAAUUUUGAAUUGACAUGGAUGGCGAAAAAAUUCGGUUGCCAGCGUGCUUAGCAAAUGGGAGCGUGACGUCUCUGAGAGUUUGUUUGGUCCCUGACCUUUCAAACAACAGUUUCGGUUGUCCAUCAACAAUGCUGGACGCUCCAACUUUGGGUUUCCAACUUGAAGUUCCCGUCUGAUACUCACUGAUUCGUCUACUUAGUCCAUAUCGAGGAUUAGACCUUACGCUCUGAUCUUGCAAGUGGGUACGCGAGAAACGUCUGACCAGAAGAUAGACUAAUUGAACUAGUAGACGGAUUGGGCGAUAGCCUUUGAUGUCUGGUUAAGGUCCGUCCCGUUUCAUUUUGGGCUUCAACAUGGCAACCAUCAGAAAUGACGUAGGUAAAUUUAUGUUUGGUUGCGUUCACUUGCGCGAUGACCAGAGGGAAAGGUAGAAAUACAAAGAUGCACGAAUUUCAGACGGUUCUGUUGAACGAAACUGUAUUAUAACGGUCGCUCAUGCGCCACAUUAAAGGGCAGUCGCCUGCUUAUAGCAGCACGCCUUCACUAACAGAUACUAUUUUCAUAUUUGGCAAUUUUCUAGGAGAGAAUCAGCGUCCUGCUUCGAGCACCUUAAGGUCGAAGGAUUUAAUCUACAGUCUAAUUCGUAACUAAAUUUCCCUUAUUUACCAACCCGUAUUAAUUUGUUAGAGUCGAGUUCAGAGCGGAUGCAUUAAGAGGCGAACUUGAUAACUUUGCUGAAGUUAAGACCUCCUGUUUGCAUCAAACUGCAAAAUAAUUAACUUGCACAAGGGAUAUUGUGCGUGUCGAUAUUUCGGUGAAAUCUGCUGUUGUUGCUGCGCGUGUGGUCGGAUAGGUCCAUGCGAUGGUUGAAUGUGUGUGGACAGUACAAAUAAUCGAGAUGGAUGUGGCGAGUGUAUGUCAGGACUCCUGGCCGGUCGCGUUGCGGCUGAUCCGCAAGUGGCCGACCUUCCCGAUGCGUUAGUUGAACGUUGAGACAGGUCUUGUUCGACCUCACCCUGUUGGUGGUUGGGGCGUUGGCGGGGAUUGUAGUAGUUUACAGGCGCCUAGGGCGUUCUUACCGUUAGUAGAGUUUGGGGAGGUGAUAGUCGAUGUCGCCGUAGUCGCGGAGUUGUGACAGGGAUGAUAGAGGAUGGCGGGUUAAACGACACCGACUGAGGCGUCGAAGUGUCAUGAGUGUGAUCAUCGGGGGUAGCGGUGAUGUUGGUUGCUGUGGUGGGGGUUGGUUCAAGGUUUUCAAUGGAGGCAUGGGUGCUUGCUGCUUGCAGACCACUCUUUUGGCUUGGACAGCGGAGAUUUGGCUGGCCUCGUAGACUGCUGCUCGAGUUCUCGCCGCUCAUUCCAGUCUGGUCGGUCCUGGACGAGGUCCGUCCAGAUCUUCGGGUUAAUUUGUAACUGAUUAAGAAAGGUUUUCAGGGCGUCCUUGUAGCACUGUUUUUCCUCGUCUACAAGCACCCUUAUUGACAUCGCCGUAGAAAAUCCGCUUGGAUACGCUCUCAUCAGCCAUCCUUACUCGGUGGCCGCUCUGUCGCAGCUAUAGCUGUCCCUGCAUGUUACAAUGCUGAGAAUUCCGGUCAGGUGUAAGGCGUCCGUGACCGGGAUCGUAACCUGCCUCCUCCGGCGACAGCUGAAGUGAAAAUGCUCGAGUUCUUGGCUUGAUUGUCAUAAACGGUCCAUUCACCCCCUCCCCCAAUAGUAAAGUUGUUAGAACUGCCGCCCUGUGCAUUUUGAGCUUUGUGUUACUUUGAACUCCAUGGAGGUUUCAGACGGAGGCCUGCAGCCGACUGGAAGCUCGCAUGCCUCUGGAGAUCCAUGGGGCCACUUCGCUGUCAAUUUUGAUGUUGCGAGAGAGUGUACUGCUUGAGAAGACGAAAUUUUUACAGUUGUGAGCGGCGUGCCGUUGACAGUGAUGUGAGGGAUGUUUUAUUCAGUAUCUAAUGACGGCUCGGGCAGGACCACCGUUUUGUCCGUGUUGAUGGCCAGCCCAAAUUUUUGUACAGCCGGAGGGCAAGAGAUUCAUGCACCGUGGCAUAUCUGAACCUGCUAGGGAGCGGAGCACGCAGUCAUCCGCGAAGAGUAAGUGGUGGACAGCAGUAGUGUAUAGACGCGUUGGGACCUGCAUGCCUCAAGUGUUGAGAAGCUGACAAUGGGUGCUGAUGACGAUGUUGAUACAUUGUCGCUCAUCACGGUAGGCGUCCGACAGCAUGGCAGUUAAUAUAAUACUGAAGAAAAUGGACGCGAGUAAGCAGCUUUGUUUAACCUCCCUGGCCACUGCGAAGGCUUCUGAGACAGCCCAUUUUCCGUGACAUGCUUGAUCAUCCAGUCGUGCAGCUGAUGCAUUAUGUGUAUGCGUCGCUUAAGACAGUUGGAUUUAUGAAUGCCUUCCAGAGUCCGUAGCGAUUCAUCAUGUCGUAGGUCUUCGUUAGGUCCACGACGGCAGUGUAGAUGCGUUUCCGCCUCCCCAGGCACGUCUUACAGUGGGCAGAGAAGAUCGCACCACUGGUGCCGCGAUUCCUUUGGAAUACACACUAACUUUUCCGGAGGAUUUCGCUUUCAAAGUGAGGAUUCAGGCGGUUAAGGAGGACGCGGGAGAAUGUUUUACUGUUGUGUUGAGGAGGGGACUGUCUUGAUGUUUGCGUCAGAGUUGCCGGUUCCAUAUCCGCUUUUAGGGAUGGACAAUUGUCGCGCCCUCGAAAUUCAAGGAAACUUGCCCAUGGCACCACAUCUCCUAGAACGCUGUUGCAAGAUUGUCCAUCAACCGAGGGCCGCCGAGAUCGCCGACUUCAACCGGCAUUGCGUUGGAUCCGGGUGUUUUCACGUUGGGCAUCUGGCACAGGCCCUGAUGAUUUCUGGAUUUAUUUCAAGGAUUUAUUCUGCCUUGUUGGCCAAUCAGACGUCUUGCAUCUUUCCCAGCCGUUUUUUCACCUGGAGAGGACAUCUGAAGAAGACCACACUGUUAGCGUCAGUUCUACGUUUGACGUAAGCUUUUUGCAUUUCGUUCGGCUUGGCCGGCGGACUGCGGAUUGAAGGGCGCUUUUAGGUUAUCUUCUCUGGCGUCGAAGGCGGAAAGUGUUGGUUAGGUGAAGAUGGUGUUCCGCCCAGAUCCGCAGGAGGAGGGGGCCGUGGUCGUUGCAUCCACCAAUUCCGUGGGGAUCCGCUACUUCCCUCCAGGCAGUGUGGUUUGUCCCAACAGACUGCGGAUCUCUUUGUCAUUGUCAUCAAACCAAUCCUGGUGAUGACAGCCUGUGUGACCGGGAACAUGCAGGGUGGUGGAAUAAAUGGAAAUCCGCAGACGGUUCCACUGUGUCUCUGUGGCGGAUUUGCCUCCCAGAGUCCGCAGUUCUUACGGGCGCCGAGCCACUUGAUUAAUGAAAUCUAAGCGGACAAGUUUUAAGAGGAGUAGUUGACUUAUCUAGUGAUCGGUUACUUUACGGUAUCCUGCAAGGUCUCAGUCGAAGUCUCAUUUUGGGGUUGAAUAGGCGAUGAGUAGCCUAGUCGUUGGAGAUGCUUAUCGGUUUGGUCACCGGCACAUUCUGUUGAUUUCGUCCUCGGACGAAACCGUAGUACAGCAGCGGCCAGUGGCGAGAUUGAAGUUGCCUUCUCUCGCGUCUGAAGGCAGAAGCUUUUGGUCAGGAGGAGGAUGGGGAGGCCGUUAUUCUUGCAGUCGCCGAUUCGAUGCGGAAGCAUUAAGCGCCACCAGGCAGCGUAGUCUGUCCCGACUCGGCCAUUGAAGUAACCAAGGACAACCAACUGGCCAUCUUGGCCACAGACGUCAGGACUUACAGGUCCUCGUAGCUUUUGUUUUUCAACUCGUCUGGGCUGUUCACUGAGAACGUAGGCGCUGAUGACUGUGGUGGUGGCGAAUCGUGCACCCUGAAGAGGCAGACACAGCGACCUGAUCCGGUUAUUGACGCCCUGCGGUAUAGGUGGCAAUCAUCCUACUUUGCCGUCCAGAUACGGAACGGGAAGGUCAUUGCGCUUGUUGAUUGUCUGAGGACCGGAAAACCAUCACUCGGGCAGUUUGCGGCUCACGCGGUUGUCACCUCGAACAAGAAUUUCUGCUUCGUCAAACUUACAGUAGAUGUGCUAACUUAUGAAAUGUCAACCAAAAUUUCGAAAUGGGUUCUCGUUUCGAAAAGAUAAAUUAAGUAGUGUUGUAAACCUGAUCAUGAUUCAGCAGAAAUCUAUAAUGAUUCGAUUGAGGAUCCGAAACUUCAGGCGAAUAAAGCUCUUGUUCCAACGAUCAUAUAUCCUUCUGCGCGACUACUUCCUGCAAUUCACCUCUUCGCUUCUAUUAAAAACUUAUGAGACUGCCUUUCUUCUUUCCGUAGGACAGUUUCUAGUGAUAGGGAGAAAGAGGAGUGAGAAUAGGGGCAUAAGUACCGGGCGUGGGAAUACGCAACCCUGGAUGCUCUCAUCUAGUUUAGUUCGCCUACUGAGGCCGGUAUCAGGGUGUGGUCAUUGUGUAGAGCCUACCUUCGGGGAGCCCCAGAUGGAAGUUAGGUGUCAUUCGGGAAUUGUGUGAUGUAGCGACCACGUGCACGAGGGAAAUGGUGUGACAUACCGCACAUACACAGUUUGCUCCUUGACACAUCUGCACCUCCCUCAAAUGUAAGGGUUGGCCGCUGACUAACGUUUCGCUCAUUCACCCGAUGGGUUUUGUUUCUCAAGUUUUAAUCACUGCGACUGCAUGUGUGCGAUACUGAGAUUCCAAUAUUCGUUGUAUGCUUUCGCUAUUUCCUCAAGCCACCAAGCCUCGCGUGUGGUUUCAGCCUAAUUGCAUAACAACAUCAAUUUCAUUCUUUUGACUUUGCCACCGUCUCUUCUUUCGAAUUUAUGUUCGCCAACACGUUGGUGGAUUUCCGAGGCGAGGGUUAAGUCUGCCUGCGGCCUCCCCAACAGUCAGUCAACCUUUUAACUCAAGAAAACCACUAAAAUCGUUUGAUGCAGUUGUGAAAAACUCAGCGAUCUCUGUGGGAUUCGAACUCACGACAGCAAUGGCAAGGCUUAAGUACAGCCAACGUUCUAAACACUUGGGCUACGAGAACCCACCGGGAGUCGUGAAUGCCGCCACAUUUGAGUCAAGUCACCCUCCAAGAGCUACUUAAGUUUGCGAAUUCGACCGGCUCACCUAUUUCAUUUUUAUGUAAAUCAAAUGGCGCCCGUCUGCUUCAUGGAUUUUGUCCCUUGGUCAUGCCCAGGACGUGGGGUUUUUAUUAUGAUUAAGGUUAGGGCUCGGUGUUAUCUUUUGUGUCAAGGUUACGUUUUGAUUUAAUCGUUAAUUUUGGCGUUAAAUUAGCAUUAUACACAGGACCAUCUUUACAUGUUUGCUCUUUUAGUUUAGGGUCUGGGAUUCAGUUGGGUUUCAGAAUUUCGUAAGUGCAUGUUUAUAUAAAUAAUAAUAACGGUUAUCGUUGACGACAGAAUCUGGCUCGUGCCUUAUGCUUGGAGUUUACCGGUUGGUGUGCUAUGGUUAAUAUUUUGAUAGUGUGGUCAUACUUACGGUUAGGCCUUAUAGUCUCGUUUGGAUCUUACGUGUUAUUCUUAGUUAUAGGGUUUGUUUGCAGGUGUGUUUAGCUAUACGGAGUGGCUGGCAUCAUUCUAAAACGGUUACAUUGGUUCCACAUGUUUCCCUAUAAUUACAUGCGUGUGCCCACUGCUUACCGCCUAAGCUUGAUGGAGUGACAUAGUCAUAAGCAGUUCGGGUUCGUCUUACGCAGAGUGCCUUACUGUUUGUCAUCAUUGGCUUGCAGACUGCCACACCAUUUAUUCGCAACUUCCCAUAAGUCUACUCGAGCAUGCAAGCCCUAUGACUGUAUUACGACAGCUUAGUCUGCCCAUCCAAUUCGUAAACUUUAUAUUCGCAUUACCCGUAUUAUUUUUUCAUUCGUGGUUACAUGCAGCAGAGGAACAACACAGAGAAAAGAGCCGAAAAGCACACUUCCUACUUAGGUGAGAGGUACCGGAGAUAGGGAAUGUUGGAAGGAGGCAUGCGUGGUGCAUGUGUUGAUAGGGGAUUGUGUGAUGAUGAGGUCGUAUCUGCGGUGAUCCACCGCAGAUUUUCCUGAAGACACGCGACCGAUUAGGCCUAUACGAUGAGUGAAUGUGUGUAUGCAGUGCGAGAAGUAGAGGCGGGUGAGACAGUCGUAUGUUAGGGCUCCGGGCACUGGUUCAGCAGCCACGAUAUGAUGGACUCAUAGGUGUCCGACCAGGCCGAGGCGUGAGAUGUACGUACGAUCGCAAUGAGGACUGGUUGGAAUCGAUUCCCGUUUGCAGGUAAUGCUCGCAAUGAUGGUGAAGGAAGUAGCUGAUGGUACGUCGAGUGCCGUCUCAUCGGUGAUGGGAGCGAGAUAGGGGGUUGCGUUGAUCGCUGUGGACGAUGAAGGGAUUGGGACGAGGAUGAUGAUGCCGGUGCUCGAGGGCGGCGGGCACCAAUAGCGUGAUCAACAGUAAUGGGUGGUUGUCGUCGUGGGGUUUGUGGCAGGCAUGACAACAGGAGUGAUGGUGGAAGGAUAAGUUUAUGUUGAUGGACUGUUAUUGCAUAACGUUCAAAGAGGCCGUGGAAUGUGUGUUGACAGCGAGGGCAUAUUACAGGCGGUUGACUGUUAACGUCGUGGAUCCGGAGCGCUUCGGACCCGCCAGCUGCCCUUUAGACUUUGGCUGCAGCAGUUCGGUUUUUUAUAGAUAGCAGCGCCAGUCUUCACUUCUCUUCUCCAGCCCGGUAAAUUCUGUGCGAGGUUUUCGCAGGUCUACUGGUUGAUAUGCGAUCGUUUCAGAGAGCUCUUCAGAGUGUAUUUGUAACAUUGUUUUUGUACCCCUGGCCGGCGUGCACUCGUAGCGAAAUCUCCUUAGAAGAGUCGUUUGGGUAAUUACGCAUCUUCCAUCCUCACCGGGCGGCCACUCCAUUGCAGAUGCAGUCUCCUCAGUGUGGCAUGGAUGUUGAGAAUUCUGGUCCGUUCGAGGACAUCGGUGUCCAGCAUUCGAUUCUGCCAUCUCAAUUUCAGUGUUCGGCGAUGGCAGUUUUGAUGAAAGUGAUUCAGCUUCCUAGCUUGAUAAAAAUAUACGUUCCAGUCUUUCGCUCCGUGUAGAAAUUUCAUCAAGACUGCGGUCUCGUACAUCCUCAACUUGAUGUUUAUCUAGAGGCCGUGACGAUUCCAUACGGGGGAUUGCAGCUGAUCAAAGGGCUGGUUGGCUUUGGGGUGCCGAUGGGAAACCUCGCCGUUGAAUUAAGUGCUGCGUGAGCACAUGGUUUCUAGAUAAGCGAAAUUGUCAGUGCAUUUAAUUUGGCUCCUGUUGACAGUGAUUCGAGGAGUACUGUAUUUAAUGUUUGACUAUGGCUGGUGCAUGACCACCGUUUUUUUCUGUAUUGACAUCUAGCCCGAAUUUUGCUCAACCGGCGGCGAAGAGGCCAAUGAUUCGUUAAUUCUCGAAGAGCAGGUAGUGGACUCUUGUCAUAGAUAGCCGCGUUGGGACCUGCACGCGCCUGUUAGGGGAAAAAUGUCCUUCACUUCUAUAGGCAAUGUAUAUCCCAAGGCGCUCUUCAAGGCAGGCGUCCAUCAGCAUGGUAGAGAACAUGAGGCUAAAGAGUGUUGGCGUGAGUACGUAGCCCUACUUCAUUCCGCUGGUUACUUCAAAUGCUUCAGGGACGGCCCUACUCUCCACGACGUACUUCGUCAUUCCGUCGGGGAACUGGCGCAUUAUGUUCCAAUUUCUGUAUGAUUUUUAUAUGAUUUUCCACAGUUCUCUAUGAUUCCACGCUUCGAGAAUUUUUGUCAAGUCCCGAAGGUGAUGUAGAGGGGAACCUGAGUUUGCUGACAGGCGGCGAAUAUUAUGUCGGUUGCUCCAAAGUGACAGCGAGAACUACGGUGGUUUUCCGGGAGAAGUGCUUGUUAUAGAUAGCCACUGUGACGGUUUAAGAGGAUGCAAGCGAAGGUCUUUCCGACGAUAUUGGGCAGGAAGAUUCCUAUGUGGUUAUCAAAGAGUUCCCGGAUCCCAUUACGUUUGUAGGGAUGGUGAAUUGAUGCAUUCUUGAAAUCCUGUGGAAUUAGUCUAUGGUUCAAUGUCCCCUGGAAUAGCGUCGUGAGUUUAUGAAUGAACUGGGAGUCAGCAUGCUUAUAGACUUCUGUCGGUGUCGCGUCAGAUCUAAAUGUCUUUCCGCUGGACAUUUGGCGUACGGCGCGGAUGUUUUAUGGAAGGAAAGACGGGCGAUCAAGGUCUAUAAUGAUUUCCAAAUGAGGAAACCGAUCAAUGACAGCGUUCGACAUUGCAAAGAGGUUGGUAUGGACACAUCUAAAGGGACCGGUGCUCCCGAAACUGCUACUUCUCGGCUAGAAUCGUUGUUCGGUUGGUGUUGAAAAGCGAAAGGGUUCCUCCAGCUGCGGAACCGUAGAUGGCCUUUAUCGCUGAAAAUAAGUUCUUUGAUUUAUUGUGGUCCUCGUACCCGGCCUUGCGAACCAUCUAGGCAUGCCAAAUUACUCGCAACCACUGUUGAAUAAGGCGGCGAAAACGGCAGACGGCCACUUUGUUAGUAUCAGUCGUCAGUCACUGAAGAUUCUAUUCGGCCUGCUCUUUUCACUAAGCAAGUUUUUGAUGGCUGCGUCAUUUGGGUGCCGACGACGCGCGCGUCCGAUGACGCCCAGGACGGUCUAGUGCAGGGAAUCCCGCAGUUGUCAAUAUUGAGUCUCCACGGAGGCGUUUUCAUCUGGAACUCACAGGUUUUCAAGUCGCUGGGUCAGUUGAUUGCAGAAAUGGAGGUGACGAACAUGGCGAAUCCAACCAGUCAGUAUUUAACUAACCUGGUGGUUGCCUGCAUUGUGGCCGCCUGAAAUUUUGAAUUCGAAUCUUUAUCUUAGGAAGGUGGGAGGGAAGGAAUUGGGGAAUUGAGAGAGGAGGGACGGGAAUGAGAAUGGGAUUGCCGGCUGUACGGAUAUCAAACCCUGGGCACUCUUACCUGGUUAAGUCCGUCGGUCGGGGAUGUUGCGGCUAGACAGAGCCCCGCACAGAGGAGCCACAUGUGAAAAUGUGGUGCCAGGUAAUGGACUUUAGGCGCAGUUACUACCUACACGAGAUAUAUGAUACGAUAUACUACGAGCCUCACGUAUAAACAAAACUGGACAUUUGUAGACUCCUUCUAUCUGUACUAGGUACCUAUUGCACCUACUUUCCCUUCUUAACAGUUCAUGGAUAUUUAUUUCUUUUGUAACAUCCUCAUUCAUCUCAAUAAAUGUUGUUGAUGGCUAACUGUUCGAGAAUGCGCCCCUGCCCGCAACCGGUUUAGACAUAGAGAAGUUAGGAAGUCAGAAUCACGUACAAUAUUGCAAAAAUUUUGUUAAUACUUUGAGAUUGCACAAUUCGCUCGUUGGGUGUUUGCUAAUGUUCAUCGUUCAGCCAUAUGAUAAACAGUUAAACAAUAAGAAAGGACACCUUGCCUCUACUACUGCUGUGAAGGUUCUUACUUUCCAUUUGCUGUGUACUGUGUUUUGGCGUUCUCAUUAACUUUCUUGCUGUGGUGAAGUCAAGCAGCUGUUUUACCCGCUCUUCUCAAGUACCAUAAGCACUUUCACUUUAGAACUGGUUUUUAUGAGUCUUCCCAUCUUGUUGUUCAUUAUUAUAGCCAUGCGCCUUCCACGUAUUUCAGUGGGAAGUCAUCUGUUGUUAGGUUUUCACUUUGCCCUAAAACACUAUUUUGAGUGCUGGACCUAAAAUGCUUCGUGUAAUAUUUGAGGACGGUUUCCUCCUCCACCUGAGUGGUUACCGUUUAGCCAAUUAGUGAAAAGUGUACGGAGCCCAUUAGCGGACACUAUGUCCAACCAUGGUCCGUUCGUUCUCAUGUGUCGUAGGAGGUUUAGUGCCAGUCAUCUACAAGCUUUAUUGCAGCCAAGCCUGCAAACUGUCAUGUGCGACCUUGAGAAGUUUGGAUCGUCUGAAAUAUAAACUCACCGCUUUGCCGCGCAAAAGGGAUAUUCAAGUAGCUGGCAAGUUGACAUUUCACUAUUUUCACUUGCAGAAGACUGUUUCUAAUUUUUUUAACGAUUAUGAUUGCGACUCGGUUUUUCUUUAUCUACCUAAAUGGGAUACACAUCAGAGUGCUGCGCAACAGAACGCAUAUUCGCGUUAGCGCAUUAUCGCUGCACGUCGCUGACGCGAAAGCGUUUCGAACAGCACAUAAAUUGUCAAGUUACUGCUUGUAUUAUGAACACUACUUUGUGUUCGGCACAUCCUCAGGCUCCCGAGAUGGACAGUGAAAUUUCAAAAGACUUACCCAAUUUUACAACUAAUGAGAAUGUCUUACUUCUCCUUCAGCUUCUUGUCUCGAAAAUCCACUGGGUACAAACAUGCCUGAGGCUCGACAACAGUUGAUAGGUGUUAUUGACCAAGGCACCAGCAGCUCGCGCUUCAUUGUUUUUUCGGCAACGACAGGUGAAAUUGUCGCUCGGCAUCAACUCGAAAUUGAUCGUGAGCAUCCACGUUCAGGAUGGGUACAACAGUCAGCAAUGGACAUAUACAGCAGUACCCUGCGCUGCAUAAACGCAGUUGCCCGUGACUUGCGUUCUCUUAAAAUAUCUUUAAAGGUAAAUUGUCGUCUUUAACUGCUCUCGGGGUUCGGCGAAAAUGUCGCCGAACACUGGUUUUCUUUACUGCAAUACGCGUGUUCGCAUAGCUAGAGUAUAGUUUAUGUUUCAGAUCUUUUGUACUUUGUUAAUUUGUGGGUUUGAAACACAAAAACACUAUCGUUUGUAUGUGCUAAAAACAAUUUUUUCGCUCUGAAGGAUGUCGCCGCCAUUGGUAUUACUAAUCAACGCGAGACCUCUAUUGCCUGGGAUUCUACGACGGGUGAGCCAUUAUGCCCAGCAAUCGUGUGGUCGGAUUCAAGAACAUCGGAUCUUGUACAGAAAUUCAUCUCAAAAACUCCCAGCAAGGACAAGAAUGCCUUCCAGGUGUGCUCCUUUUUCGGACUUUUACUAAGACUCAUUCUCAUCAGAGUGCUCCGAAACAUUUUUUUUGGUUUUUGCGGUACUCUACGGGGAAUAGUGAUUCAUUAAAGGUUGAUAUGUCGUGUCAACUCUUAAUCGUACAAAGAUAGUAUUCCGGAUGCAGUUUGCACAUCCCACGCAACGGUGUGCGGUUUGAAUUGGACAUACGUAGACGAGGCAGUAACUGACUGACAAACUUCUUCAACCUGCGUCACACGUUUCCUUGUUCGCAAGAUUUCAACGUGUCAGACGACCCUAUUUUUGGUCAUUUCUUCUCUUCAACACUUUCAUAGUCCAAGUAUUUUUGUUCAAAAGUUGUCGGUUCAGUUAACCUGCUCCCACUAAAUUCUCUUAAGGUUCAUACAGUUACACAGCAACCCUGAAAUUUUUUUUAAAAACGCCAUUUUUGUCUCUUCCAGAAAAAAACUGGUCUUGCUCUUCACAGUUACUUCUCCGCCAUGAAAAUUCGCUGGAUGAUUGACAAUGUGCCUGCCGUCCGAGAAGCACUAGAAGAUAAGCGUCUACGUGUGGGCACAGUGGACAGCUGGGUUGCCUAUAAGUUGACCGGUGGCGCAUCCGGUGGUCGGCAUCUGACGGAUGUUACCAAUGCUAGCCGCACUCUAUUGUUUAACAUUAAUACACUCGAGUGGGACGGAGAAAUCUGCAAGUAAGUUAUCGACCUUAUCUAUUCUCAGUCUGUGCACUCUUAUGUCCUUAAAAGGGCUUGUGCUUUAUUGUCUUUAUGUACGAUGGCUUGAUUUUUUAAGACAGAUUGAAGUUUUGCCGACUAUGUUUGUUGAAGGCACCUCCGAUGCAUUCGAAUACCUAACUUUUCAUCAGACGACGGUCUAUAAAACGGUCAAAGCUCGAUUUUAGAGAAUGAUGAGCACGAACCAAACUACAGGUCCCUUACCCGAAAAUCAUUGCAUUUUGUGUUCCAGCCGGAAAACGACUGAGUAUGUAGACCAGACGUGGAGCUCCCUUAGGGUCGGUUGGCAGUCCGACCAUAAAUAGGUUAGAGGCCCUCGGUGUGUAAAUUUAUUAGAUUCAUUAUUAAUAUUGUUCUGAAAGUUUGAAAAACGCAAUGAACAAACUAUGCCGAGAAUAAUGUACUGUCCACGGAUUUCGUGAGCGACGUGACCAGUCGUUUUAAGGAGAGAGCCGAAAAAUGUAGAGAGUGAGGGAGGGAAAAUACCUUUUUUAAAGUUUCGGACCCAGAAGGUGCGAUAAAUCGUAACAUAUUACUGGACGUAACUAAUUUUGUAGAAACCGUUGUCGUGACAACUAAAAGCAGUGGAGCUAAUCACAUCAAUAGUAAAAUAAACAUCUCCUCAAGAGGGUCUGAAUAUAGGCAAAUCGAAGCAUAAAAGCUACAUUAUUCUUCUUGUUCUCAAAGUAUCUAAUAAAGCAGAGGCUUCAAAUGUUUUGGCACUAUUAAAAACGGCCUCAUUAUUGUCAGUCAUCCCUUACCUAGUUCACUACCGAGCCAGCGUUAGCUAUAUUCCUGGAAUUAUUAUUGUGACAGCUCUGUGUAUGGAAGUUUGCAAAAGUUCAUUAGGUAGCAUGAAAUAAUUUGCAUCGGGGUUAUUCCAGCGUUUUCAUUCAAACCGGUUGAUAUCAAACGGGGACCACACAUACACACACCAAACGCGUUGGCAACGCCUCCUACUGCAUCAAUAAGAAAUAGUCUGUAAACUUGCGAGUAAUUUUAUAUCCCUCGUCUGUCUCUCCUCUUUUGACAUUCAAGCACCUCUUAAUUAUCGCUACUUCGAACAGUGGCUACUCUCUUCAGUUGCCCUUGAAUUUCCUAAAGGUCGACAUUAAGGUGUUAUAACUCACAGAAAGACAUUGAUCUCUUAUGUCAGGUUCUUCAAGAUCAGCAGGAAGAUUUUGCCCAAGGUCAUCAGCUCGGCUGAGGCUUAUGGCACAAUCAAGGAUCCUGAGUGCAGUUUGAAGGGUGUCACUCUGGGUGGUAUCCUGGGCGACCAACAGGCUGCUCUUGUCGGACAAACCUGGGACCCCAACCCCGAUCCCAGCUGUCCAAGGCCCCACGUGAAAGUUACCUACGGCACUGGUGCCUUUUUACUUUGGGACGUUGGGACGGAGCCAGUCUUCUCAUCUCAGGGCAUUCUCACCACACUUGCUUACAAGAUGGGUGCGGACUCCACACCCCACUACGCUCUUGAGGUGAGAAGGGUCCUAAUUUGUCAGAUUUUUCAAACAUGUUUUUUUUAACUCAGUGCCUUUGAUAUUUCCGUUUUUCUAAACUCUCAUUAUGUUAAAUGCGAUUUUGCAGCUCACUUCGACUCCCAGUAUCUCACACAGGUCCACAAAUCAAUCACUCGUUGUUUCACUGAGUGACUCAUAUAAAAGAAAUCUGUUUGAUCUGACCGGCAUUUAAAUUUAAUUUUGUUUGGCCAUUGCGCUUUCUGGUUAGCUUUUAACAAUGCUUAUUAGGGCAAGGAAACUUCAGAUAAGACUCAGUGUACAACGCCUGCUGAUCUUCCAUGAUAUUUGAAAACGCAGAUGCCAUCGGCUUUGGUUCUUGAACCUGAAGUCUGAUCUUGCUUUAUGGGAUAGUUUCUAUGAACACGAAUUCUUUUAUUUGCCCGACUGGUGGUCAGCCGGCGAGAUCACGGACGGUGGAGUGCAAAGUAGGCAACUCGCAGUCGUGGACUAGCGACACCGGUGUUGGAGGCUGAAGUCCGGCAAAUCCAACGCACUAUACACUAUCACAAAUCCCGACUGCCACAUUGUGAUCUGACCACAAAUUGUCAUUAAAUAAGGUCCUCUGCUAACCGCUGUCCUGCAGCUGGGCUUUAACAAACCAGAACGCUAGAAGAUACUCCCAAGGCAUCUUGGGGUUUAAGCCGGCCAGAUCGGGCGUGAUCAAUGCCGUAUCACUAGUUGAAACAGCAACGCCAAUAACUAAAUUUAUCAUCGGGGUCAUGUUCAACCACGAACUUCUCUGCUUGCUAUUGCUCAUUAGUUUGCGGAACAUUCUUACUGCACACUAAGUAUUAGUUUACUGAUCGGCACAUCUUACGUUUGCCAGGAUUCAGCCACUUUCUCCGCCACUCCGAUGGGCUAGCUCUGCGGAAAGUCCGUAACGUAGUCGUAAUAGAAGAGCUCUCUAUCUCUCUCGGUGCGGACCUUUCGUUGCCGUACUUGAGUGCUCUAGUUCUGGCUUCAAUUUCACGUUGACGACGCUUGCCAACUGGCGCCACUACAAAAACAUCGACUGUUACCAUGUGUGUUAUGUCCUACCAUUGUCAGGGUGCGGUGGCCUACUCUGGUGCGACCAUGGAUUGGCUUCGCAAGAGCCUGGAACUGUACUCUGACCACGGGAAAGGCGAUAGGUUGGCACUCCGGGCUCUUCAAAAGACGCACGGCUCGCUUUCAACCGACGGGGGUCAACUGGCCCAAACAGAUACCCUCGAUGCCUGCUACCUGGUGCCCGCUUUCUCCGGUCUAUUCUGUCCCUACUGGCGGGAGGAUGCUCGCGGCGUAAUCGCAGGUUUCGGCGAGGGCUGCACCCGCGGCGAUGUGAUUGCGGCCGGCUAUCGCUCCUCAGCCUAUCAGACGCAAGAGGUCAUUCUGGCUGCCCUCGAGGCCUCCGGCUCUGACGGCGAUAAGCGUCGACCUCCCAGGGUCAUCUCCGUCGACGGCGGACUGACCAAAAGUCCUGUCCUCAUGCAAAGUUUGGCCGACAUAACAGGUGAACAAAUAAAUUCAAGACUACUUAUUUCUCAAUAGCCCUCAGGGGAGGGGGCACAAAGAGCGGUUAACUAAAUGAAUUUUUCCUCCUCCAGGUGCAAAGGUGGUACGUCCCAACAAGUCCGAAGUGAUGACGGCUCUGGGAGCUGCUGUCGCCGCUGCGAUAUCUGUUGGCAUUGAUCCCACUCAUCUUCUCUCUAUCCGUCAACACGAGCCCAGCGAUCAGGAGGCCAAUACUUUCACUCCAAGGGUUAAUGAGAAAACUCGCGAGUUAUGGAUACGUGGCUGGAAAAAUGCCGUCCAACGCAGUCUGGGUUGGGUCCAGAAGUCCUGA